GAAACUUUGCCCGAAACAAAGGCGAAAAUCGCACGCGGCAGAAACAGCAAGCGGAAUAUACAGAAAACCAAAAAUGUCCCUUUACCCCAACCGGCUCAAUGGUAGCCAUUUGGUGGUGGUGCUCCUAAUAUUGGCCCUAACCACCGAGGAUGUUCAAGCCAAGUGGAAGUCCAGCGGAGGUAGUCGCCGCACUUCUUCUUCUGGUUCAGGCAGAAGGACUUCGUACUCACCCUCAUCCCAUUCAUCUCCAUCACAUUACUCGGCUCCUGCGCACCACUCGGCACCUGCGCACCGCCCGGCUCCUGCGCCCCACGCUGAUAAUGUCAAGCUGAGCUACGGAGGUGGAACCCACUCACAGCCAAGCAAGGUGAGCAGCUCUCAGACGCACAGUGCGGCUCCAUCGGCCCCCGCUUCGCCAAUUGGCUGGAAUGUACCAGCGAAGCCCCAAGGACCACCGCCGGCGUACUCCGCCUCGAAUCCCGUUGGUGGUGCACACACCAACAUAAACGAGCGUCCACCGGCCUACAAUCCGGCUUACAAGCCAGCACCACCCAGCUAUUCGGCCGCCACCCAAACGCACAGCAACACCAAUCUGCAGAGCCCAUCCCGUCCGGCAGGAGGUGCCAGUUCCGUUUCCAGUUCAAGUUCAGGUUCCCACUACUACGGCGGAACCCACAACACUGGGUAUAGAGGUCGAAAUAACUCCACGGGUGGAUAUGGUUCCUCCGGAGGAUAUCAGCCCAUUACGGCCACCAAUGCCCACAAUGUGCAGUCGAGCUAUCCCCGUCAGCAGUUGCCAGCAGGUGCCACCUACCACCCGGCCGGACAAAUUCCUGCCGGAGCCACUUAUCAUCCGGCGGGUCAGUUGCCAGCGGGAGCCUCCUACCACCCAGCAGGUCAGGUGCCUCACGGAGCGACAUACUACCCAACGGGUCAGAUUCCAGCCGGGGCCACCUACCAUCCUUCCGGCGGUUAUCCGGCCGGAGCGACGUACCAUCCAGUCGGACAAGUGCCGCAUGGAGCCACGUACUAUCCACAGGCACCUGUUGGUGGAGGUUUGCCUCCAGGAGCCACGUUCCUGCCAGCUGGAGGAGCUCUGCCUGCCGGAGCUGUUUACUAUCCACAAGCGCCGCAAAAGUCAUCCUCAGGCUUGGGAUUGGGCACUGGACUUAUUGCUGGAGCCUUGGGUGGUGCCAUCCUGGGUCACGCCCUUACUCCGACCCACACCCGUGUCGUGGAACAUUCCAAUUCUUACGGCGGCGGCGGUGGAGGUGGUGGCAGCCAGGGUGGCGAUGACAAGAUCAUCAUUAUCAACAACGGACCUCCCGGAUCUGUGACCACCACUGAUGUGGGAUCGGGCACAACAGUGAUAAAUGCUGGUGGAAACCAAGCCGCCGCUUCUCCCUCUCUGCCAAUUCCUCCGGCCUAUGCAGCUCCACCGGCGUCUGUCCCUCAAUCUCUUCCUGUGCCACCUACCCCGCCAGUUUCAGGUGCAGCUCCAUUGGCUCCUUUGGCUCCUUUGCCACCAACUCCAGCUGAUCCAUCGGCUCCUGCUCCUGCUCCUGGGACUCCCGUUGCUACUGGAGUUCAAGCUGCUCCUAAUCCUGCAGAUCCCAAUGCCCCAGUUCCUCCUGCACCUGGAGCCCCAGCUGAUCCCAACGCACCACCUGCUGGUAACAUCAUUUGUGUGCCCGUGAAAAUUCCUGGACCAGACCCGAAAGAUCCAACCAAGACGAUUGAACUGGAUCAGAUAGCCUGCUAUCCUGCACCACCACCAGAAGUUGCUCCUCCAGCCAAUGGAACGGCACCAGCCGUCGAGGGUCCUGUGCCUCCUCCCGUUUCCGCUCCCGGAACUGUACAAUUGGCUCCCUUCGAGGCCACCACUCCCGUGACCAUUCCCGAAGGAUCUGUUCCGUUGGCUCCCAUCAUUCCUGGCGGCCAGCCGGAUAUCAUGAAGAUGCCUGGUCUGACACAGGCUCGACUGUCGGUGGAAUCGGGUCUCAGGGAUGCACACAGUAUGGCCGAACGGACCUUUGGACACUUUAGCCUCAUCUCCACGGUGGUGACCCUGCUCGUGGCCUACUGUCUGCACUAAGUCCCAUCGCCACCCAACCCUUUCAUCACUCAAUGACGCAGUGUCAUUGGCAACCGGAAAGCUUUACCUAAUUUAUUGCCAUUCUGAGGGACACGAGAUUCAAGUCGAUUUAUAUGUCUAACCCCGACCAAGGGGUACUCUUUAUAUACUUUGUAAAAACAAUCGAAUUUUUAAAAUAUACUCGUAGUUCUGUUAGUCCUCAAAGUACGCCAACAAUAAAUCUACCAAACGAUUAAAAUACGGUAA